AUGAAUAUGUUCAAGAAGGGUCGAAAGGCCAAGGAUCAAGAGGAUGCUCUUGACCCUUUCAAUGGCACUGAGGCGACGUCCUUUGCAAAAGCCUCUCGAGCGCUGACUCGGAAGAAGAAGAAGCAGGAUGUUGAGGAACAGCCAGUGUUCGACCUGGCCAGUGCUCUCCCAGAUAAGAACGAUUUCCGAACGAGUCUCCUCAUGCCCAAUCUCUCCGCUCGCUUCAGCAUGCUUCGCGAGCAAGACGAUCCCAACACCAAAGUCGGAAAAGCUAGUGACGACAGUGUGCUAUUUCCCAAGAGAGCCUCUCGUCUCAUGCUGUUCAACAACAACCCGCUGACCGAUAUUGCCGAAGUUGAAUCCAUUCGUUCAGGUAUCCGACCACCAUUUGCAGAUGAGAGACGCGGGUCCCUGUUUGACGGCUACGCAAGUGACGAUGGAGCUGUUAUCAUGAACCGUGCUCGUCCAGGUGAAGGGAACAAUCUGUUUGGAGGAAGGCAGAAGCUCUACAGGAUAGCCGCCAGUUCCACUCGAGAUCUAUCGGUUCCGGACAUCACACGCGGCAAGCACACAUACGAGCACGAUACCGCCUUGUCUUCCUUCCAGCAAAUACGUCUUGGAGAAAAAGAACAAAGAGUACAGCAGGAGGGAUCGGAUGAGAAGACCGACCGCAAUAGUUAUCCAACUACCGAAUCCGAGGAGCAAGAAUCGAUUAGAUCACCAAUGACUGGUUUUAGCAAGAACAGAGGUACUCAAUCAUCCACAAACUCCGGUCCCUCAAAUAGGAGAACCUCCACGGCUGCCACAUCUUUGGUUUCAGAUUCACCUCUGCCAUAUCAAAAGAGCAACAUUGCCAUCAACAAGGUGAGGGAACAAGACGUCAAUUCCUCGGCAGAGAGUAUAGGGUUUGCAUACUCACCUGGACUUCCAAUGCCGGCUCGCGACGAUGAUCGUCCAGCAGCUCAGCUUUCGGGCUCAAGUGGUAUACCCAGAAUGAGAGAACAUGGCUCUGGACAGUCUCCUGUACACACUUCUCAACCAUUCCGUGGCAUAAGUCCACCACUAAAUGCAACGUCACAGCCACUCGAUUUCGGUCUUCAGGACGUCGCCAGAUCUCAAGGCACUUCAUCAAGGUUUCAAACGACAUCUCCAACGCCCCAGUUCGAAUUUGAACACGGUGAUACUCUGGCAAGCAGUGUUCGACCCAACGAUCGUGGCAAGGCAACCGCCAUGGGUCUUUUCAACAAGCCAGCACGUCACUACGAUGAAGCACAAUUUCAACAGCGCCAGAUGCAAAUGCACGAAGGCAGGAAUUCUCCCAUCUCAAUGAGCUCGCGAGCCGCGAGUCAUGCCUCGAUCGAGCCAGGCCGUUCGUCACGCCCAAGUUAUGCCUCAACCACCAGCGACAUCCAGUUGGACGAUCAUUACACUCCCCAGGUACCACCCAUUCCUAAUCAAACACCGUCACCUGUGCCCUCGAACAGAAGAUCCUCCGCGAAUUCCACUGGAAGGCAAUCGACUUCGCGUCCCAGGACGAAAUCUUCCACCUCCAAUAAGGAAGCCGCUGUCAAGGCGAGAGUAGAAUCUCUGAUCCGGCGUCAGAAUGCAGAGUUGGCUGCUCUAGAAGAGUCGCAACUCGGUCGAAAUCAUAGUGUCGACGACGGGGACGGCACUUCGCUAUACAAAAACAAGGGCAAUGGUACUUUUUUCAACAAUAGUGAUCAUAGUGAUGACGAAGAUAGUGUACGAGGUCGAUCGCAGGUGAACCGUCGUCCGAGUGUACCAGCAUUGAAAUCUCCAACAGAAAUUCAUCCUGCUUUGCGCGAAGACAUGCAGGGCUUCGAUUUUGGCACUGGGGAUAUACAAUCAUUUCCCUCAAAGAAUUCGAACUGUCUCAGUACUUCCAAUCCUGUGCUCCCGGUCGAAAACACUAGACAACCGACACACGAGUCUCCCAGGAGCACUGAGGACGUCGACUCUCCCACUCUACCAGCAACCGGACUGGGUCUGAGUGGUCUGAUUCGUACUCACUUGCGCCACGAUAGUGAUAGAUCGUCCAUGCUCCCGCCUCCAUCACCCAUGAUGCCAGCGUUCGACGCGUCUAGAGGCUCCGUGUCCUCUACAACACAAACAGUGACUGAAAGCGUGAAGAGUGAUCCUUUCGAGUAUGAUAGUGAUCGAUUGACAGUACGACAAUCACCGUCGCAGCUCCCGUCUCCAACGACAGCCACAUCUAUCAUGUCUCAAAAAGCUCAGCAGAUCCUGGGAGCCGCGAUGGCUCUGAGAGACGCGGCUGUCAAAGCUGACGCCACACCUACAUCAGCUCCAUCGACAUACGCCUAUAGCAACGAUAAGAAUGUGGAUAUGCAGGCUGAUGCUUUGAUUCACCAACGUUCAGACAGCACCGAAACCCAACGUGAAAUGCAACGUUUUGACGAGGAGUUGGCAGCGCGGCGAAAACGCAUCGAGGAGGGUCUUAAAAGUGUACAAGAACGUUCAAGAUCAAGAAGUCCUCAUACCGAACGACACGGAGUUACUGGUGUACACGGCUUUUCAUUGCCUCGCUUCCCUGGAAGAUCAAACACAGGUGAUCGUUUCGACGGUGCGACUUCAAGCAAGGCUAUAAAGAUGCUUGGUAUCUCUUCACCGCCACCACAACCUCAACCAUCACCGAGAAUGCUGCAAUCAUCAGCAAGGACCAAAUCAGACCGUUCUGAUGACACGAUCACGCAUCAUGGUCGCAGCUCGCCUCAUGACCACGAAGGAUCACACGGCAUGUAUGCAUCAAACAUGGGUCGUCGCACUCCACUGUCUGCAUUGAGCAAUCACUCUGAUAGACCACCUCCUCCAAGGUCAACGACACCAUCAAGCAGACCAGGUACAAGGAACCGAAGCAACUCAGCUGCCGCCGAUCGUUCAGCUAGCAGAAACAAACACAUCCCAGAUUUCGACCGCACAAUGAUGUCAAACUCUCCAUACCUCAACGGCUCUCCUAAAUACGAACAGGAGAACAGACCAGAUAGUUCUGCAGGUCAGUACAGUGAUCGCACUGGCUAUUUCAAUACCAAACCACUAGCAGCCCCCGAGAUGAACGAGGGACUUAUACCACGUCCAUCGUCACGACCUUCACCAAAUUCGCAGAACACGUUCGAGACAAGCCAUACUCCACAAAUGGCAACCAUGAUGUCGCCUCCGUCCUCUGCGCUGCCGUCGCCAAAUCCUGCUGCUGCAUCUAGUAGCUCGAACGGUCGUACGACUCCAACUGCAGCUUCUGGCCGUGCUACACCCUCUAGCUCUCGAAAGCGAUCGGUCACUAAAGGCAUGAUAUCGGAUCCCACAUUCGUUUCCAGCACUUCAACUGUGCCACUUGUCUAUCUUCCACGAGAUGGUGGGCCUGCCGUUGAACCAAUGAUGGCUCCUCCGUUGCCCGCCAUGAAUCCUCGUCGAAGAGGCACAGGAUCUGACCUACCACCGAGCUCUUUCAAGCCACAUCCAGCUGUGCGUCCGAAUGUGUCUUCUCUCUCAGUCGUGGCGGGUUCACCCGUGACGCCUGAUUUUCCCAAUCUCGAUCAGCCAACCAGCCGACCACCACCAGCACGACCACGUAACAGGCUGCGAAAGUCAAGCAGUGAAGGUGGCAAUAUGGCAGCGCGAGCGAGGCAGCAGGCGCUCGUGGCAGAGCUGGCACGUGAGAAGGGCCGCAGUCCAAACGUUGCUGUGUUCCCGAACAGAAGUGCCACGUCUCUGCACACGCAAGAGGGACGAAUGUUUUGA